AUGGCCGGCCUUCUCCAAGCACAUCAGAGGGCUUCCGCGGGGGUUUUCUUGUUAGCACUGUGGGGGGUGGUUGGAGGAGGCAAGCUGUUGGUUCUUCCUCUGGAUGGGAGCCACUGGCUUAGCAUGAAGGAGGUAGUUGAGCAUCUCGGCAAGAGGGGGCAUGACGUUGUGGUGUUGGUGCCAGAAGUCAAUCUGUUCCUGAGUGACUCAAAAUACUACACAAGAAGAACCUAUGCAGUGCCCUAUUCCCAGGACGAGAUGAAGGACCGUAUUCAAACCUUCGGAAACAACAUCUUUGCUGAGAAAUCUUUCCUGAUCAAUCCUAUGGCUGAGUACAGGAAUGUCAUGCUUGUUGGUUCCCUUUUCUUCACCAACUGCGAGAGUCUUCUGAAGGACUCAGAGACUCUGCAGUUCCUCAGAGAGAGUAAGUUCGAUGCUAUUUUCACAGACCCAGCUUUCCUCUGUAGCAUGAUCCUGGCUGAGUACCUCGACCUGCCCUCCGUGUACUUCUUCCGGGGCAUCCCAAGUGCCCUAGAGCAGAUGUUCAGCGGAAGCCCCAACCCUGUGUCCUACAUUCCCAGAGACUAUACUCAGUUCACAGACCAGAUGACUUUCUGCCAGCGGGUGAUCAACUUUCUUGUUAAUUUGUUGGAGGUCCCUAUUAUUAAAUUUAUUAAUUCAAAGUUUGAAGAUAUUGCCUCAGAUCUCCUCAAGAGAGAUGUGGACUUAAUCACCUUAGGACAGAAAGGCUCCAUCCAUCUUUUAAGAUACGACUUUGUGUUCCAGUACCCCAAGCCCAUCAUGCCCAACAUGGUCUUCAUUGGAGGGACCAACUGCAACAAGAGGGGACACUUAACUCAGGUGGGUGGUCUUACCUAUCUUUGA